AUAUAUAUGCAUAUACAUGCGUCGUUUCGAACAUGGCCGCGGUGGAGUGCGAAUCGAAAGACAACAGCUCGUCUGACUUAUCGAAAACGCCGGUAUUUUCGGAUGAAACCGUCAAAUCGAUUGAGGAACAUGAAACAUCUGGAAUACCGUUACAAUCUUCGUGGACAUUUUGGUUGGGCAAAGCUGUUUCUGGCACAACUGUUGAAGAGUAUAAAGACAAUUUAACGAAGAUUUAUACUGUGAACACUGUACAAAGUUUUUGGGCUGUAAUCAAUAAUAUACCAAAUGCUAGUGCUGUGCCAGUCAGAUAUAGUUAUCAUUUGAUGAGAGAUGAAAGAUAUCCAUUAUGGGAGGAACCUGUCAAUCAAAAUGGUGGAACAUGGAGAUUAAAGUGCCAUAAAUCUGACACUGAAAAAGUUUGGAAAGAAAUGGUGCUUGCAGCUAUUGGAGAACAAUUUGCUGAAUGUGUUGCUGACGAUGAUGAUGUUUGUGGUAUAAGUGUGUCUAUUAGAGAAAGAGAUGAUCUUGUUGAAAUAUGGAAUAUAAAUGCUGCUUUAGCAUCAAAAGCUAAACUUUUAGACAAAGUUCAUUCUCUCUUGCCUAAUGUAAACUUUAUUGAAUUUUAUAAACCACAUCAAUCACAUCAUGCCUACGGCCGCCGUUAAUAUCUUGGCUGGUCCAUAAAUAUAAGUUUACAAAGAAAAACAUCUAAUGCUAAACAUGAA